GGUGCUCGAACUGGCAGUCGUAGUCGCAGUCGCAGUGGCAAACGCAAACGCUGAAGUCAUAGAAGCUAACGAACUCUGUCUGAGAGCCAUUCGGAUCGAUUCACCAGCAUUUCCCCCAGCAUCUGGAAUUCUGGCUUCAGUCUCCAGUCGUAGUCGCAGUCGCAGUCGCAGUCGAGGUCGAAGUCACAUAAGAACGUUUACCCAAAACACAUGCUAGGCAGUUAGGCGCUCCACUUUCGACAGUGCAGACGGUGAGCGCUCGAGCGGUUCGACGGUUCCAAAGUUUCGACCACUUUUUUCGGUUCAGCGAACAAACAAACAAAAAACAAAGUUUAAAACAAACAAAAUACCGGAGAAGAGGAAAGGAAUUAAAUAACAAUUAAUGAACCAAUUCGUGCGUGUCCUUAAAUACUGAAACGUUCCCUAAACCAAAAGUGCAUUCGAUAUUUUGAUUGAAAAGCAACUUCAACAGCAGCAGAGGAGGAGAAGCAGAAGGAGAAGCAAAAUCAGAACUUGCUGCAGUGGCAAGAACAGCAAAUGCAACUACAGCUACGGUCAAUGACAAAGAAACGAGUCAGCAUGAUGAUGAAGACAACGACCAAGACGACAUGUUGCCUGGUGUUGGUUGCCUUAAUGCUGCUGGUGGACAGCUCGGUGGCGGCACGCAAGCUUCUGCCCAAGCGGCCGGUGAAACCGUUGAAGACAUUUCCGCGCAACAAUGCCACACCAAUACCAGCAGCAGGGGCACUCACAGCAGCAGCAGCAGCAACAGUGGGAGCUGCAGCCACAGCCGCAGCGGGAGCUGCAACAUUGAACGGAAGCGAGCUACCAAAACCGUUGACGCUGCAAUCCGACGAACCAGCGGAAGCGAUUGUCGCAUCGCCACCUGGAACCCCAUCGGCAGCGGCAUCAGCAUCAGCAUCAGCAUCAGCCUCAGAAUCGGCAUUGGCAUCGGCAUCUGUAGCGGCAGCAUCACCUGCCAAUGCGGAGACCAAAGCCGAUGAUCUGGCCAACCAGACCCCAACCGCAACACCUUCAGGCUCUGGCCUGAUCGAUGAGGACUGCGAGCCGGAUAUGAUUGGCUUCGAGCUUAUAACAGGGUUCGUGCUAUCGGCGCCAUCGAGGCAAUUGGAAACGCUGCCCGGCACCCUCAUGCUGACCGACUGCCUGGAGGCCUGCCAGGCCAAUGAAUCUUGCAGCUCGGUUAAUUAUGAGACGGGCCUGUGUGUCAUGUUCCGCAGCACAGCCGAUCAGUUGCCAGGUUCACUUUCGCGCUCCCAGUAUCCCGUUUUCACCGUAUACGCACAGAAAUCCUGCUUCGGAGUGCGACCCUGCUCGAAGGCCUGGUGCAUUGAUCGCGUACAGGGCUACCGGCUGCCGGAGCGAGCCAAGGCCAGCCAGAGCGUGGCCACGAGGCGCGACUGCAUCGAGCUAUGCCUGGGCGAGACGGAGUUCACCUGUCGAUCGGCCAACUAUUAUGCGCACUCUGGCCUGUGCGAGCUCUCGGACAUGGAUCGCAUUACGCUGUCGGACGAGGCGAACAUCGCGGCCUACGAUGGCGCCGACUAUCUGGAGAAUAACUGCGCGGAGGAGCCCAGCAAGCUGUGUGAGUUCAAGCGGAUCUCGGGUCGCAUUCUGAAAACCGUCGACUCGGUGCAUCAGAAUGUGCAGAGCAUCGACGACUGUCGCGACCUCUGCCUGACUGCCCCGUUCCGCUGCCACUCCUACGACUACAACGAGACCGGUGAGCAUGUCUGCCGCCUCUCGCACCACAGUCGCGCCACCCUGACGGAUCUCUCGGAGCCCUAUCUGAGCAUUGAAGAGGCAGCCACUUACGAGCAGUCUGCCUGCUAUAAUGUAUCCAUCGAUUGCCGCUCUGGCGAAAUGAUCACAAAGAUUCGCACCUCCAAACUGUUCGACGGCAAGGUCUAUGCCAAGGGAGCCCCCAAAUCCUGUGCCGUCAACGUGAACAACUCUCUGGAGUUCGAUCUGAAGAUGCGUUACAACGACCUCGAGUGCAAUGUCCGCCAGAGUGCCUACGGCCGCUAUAUGAACGACAUUGUCAUCCAGCAUCAUGACAUGAUUGUCACCUCCUCCGAUCUGGGACUGGCCGUCUCCUGCCAGUACGAUCUGACCAACAAGACGGUCGUCAACAAUGUGGACCUGGGCGUAACCGGCGAGAUCGAGUCGACGCUGAGCGAGGAAAUCAUUGUCGAUUCCCCGAAUGUCAUCAUGAAGAUCACCGCACGUGAUGGCAGCGACAUGAAGCGCAUCGCCGAGGUGGGAGACCCGCUCGCCCUCCGUUUCGAGAUCGUCGACGCGAACAGUCCGUACGAGAUAUUUGUGCGGGAACUGGUGGCCAUGGACGGGACGGACAGUGCCGAAAUCACGCUGAUCGAUGCCAACGGCUGUCCCACGGACCAGUACAUAAUGAGUGCCAUGCAGAAGAUGGCCAGCAAUCGCAAGGUGCUGCUCUCACAGUUCGACGCCUUCAAGUUCCCCUCCUCGGAGCUGGUGCAGUUCCGCGCCCUGGUCACGCCCUGCAUACCGCGCUGCGAACCGGUUAUCUGCGACAACGAUGAGAACGGAGAACUCAAGAGUCUGCUGUCCUACGGUCGGCGCAAGCGCUCAGUGCUGAAUGGCACCGAUGGCGUGGAGCUGGAGCUGGCCAUUAAGUCGGAACGCCAAAAACGUGAUGUGAGUCAUCAGCCGGCCGCAACCGAUGAGAACAUUUUGCUGGUGCAAUCGAUACAAAUCACCGAUAAGUUCGCCUUCAAUGGCGCCGAUUCAGGCGGCGGCAGCAACGGCAACGGCAACGGCAUCGGCGCAGGGCUGGCCACCGAUGGACUGGCCAAAUUGCAACUGGAACUGGGCACCAAAUCGGACACUUGCAUAAAUGGUUAUGGUUUCAUAAUUGCCGGAGCACUUUUCCUGCUCCUCCAGCUGACGGUCAUCGCUGUAUGGGACAAUAUGCAGAAGCGCGCGUUACACAAGCGGUAAAGCGGAGAGGCAGGAGUUUGAGUGUGCAAUCGAAUCCCAGAAAGAACGUCCGACAUCAGCAGAGAGGCAAGACUGCAAUACUGCAAUACUGCAUUUGCCUUUCCAUAGCAAACGUGAAGAAGAAACGAAGGAAUGAAGGAAUGAAGAGAGGAAGAACUAGCAUGAAAUUCUACUUAGCUCAAAACUUAGCACCGCUCAUAAUCUAGUUAGUAGAUGUACGAGAACGAACGAAACGAGAGCCAGGCGAGGCCGCGCCCUUCCCCCAGCAUCCGAAUGUGGCAGCAACAUUGAGCUGGACUCCUCUGUGAACUGGAAGAUGAAACCUAGACAAAUGGCAACUGGAUCGAGGGAAGGGCACCGGCCCGUACCCGGCUUCGUCCCCGUCCCACAGCUCCCUGCUGUAGCUUAAUAUUUAUGCUUUACUUGUAUGCCCAUGCCCAUAUAUCAUUUAGGAGUCCCCGUUCCCCCACCCCCCUUCUAUAAGACUUACCGCUAUAAGACUACUCUGAAUGUGUCGACAUACUAUCAGCUUAAGACUCGUAAAAAGCUCCUUAGUCCGUAAUGCGAACGAACCAUUCAAACCUCUCAAGCGAGCACCGAACUGACGACUUCCUCCUCCCCCCACACUGGCCAAUUGCUCGCUUAAGAGGUUUGACUGUCUGCUAAUACUUAAAUACUUAACUUAACUUAAUGCUCAUAUAUAUGCUAGAUCUAAACGAACACAACACAGAUACACGAACAAAAACAAAAAAAAAAAAAAAGCAUUAA